AUGGAAGAACACGAGGAGAAAACCAUCAUCACCAAGUUCGCGAAAUCCAAAUUCUUCUUCCCCAAAGUUAUUCGCAUUUCAGCAACGGAUCACAACGCCACAGACUCCUCUAGCGAAGAAGAAGACGACGAAGAAAAGCUUAUUCACCUUCACAGAGUUAAGAGAGUGUUGUUGUUCGACCAAGUACAAGGAAGCUAUGAAACAGCAACACCACCAACAAAAACAAGAGCACAAGUUUCGCGGCGUGCGGCAGCGGCCAUGGGACGGUGGGCCGCUGAGAUAAGAGACCCUAUACGGCGGAAACGAGUGUGGCUUGGAACCUUCGACACGGCAGAAGAAGCAGCUGUGGUUUACGACAGAGCAGCUAUAAACCUCAGAGGUGCCGAUGCUGUCACUAAUUUCAUCAAACCGCCGUUGAAAGAGUGUGAAAGUGGGGUUAAACGGAGGAGUUGUGGCGCAUGUGCUUCACCCACUUCGGUUCUGUUGUUUCAGCCUUGGAUGGAACCUUUGUCUUUGGAAGAAACAUUCAAAGAAGAAGUGUUGAUGGGUUAA